CUGAACGUUCGUAUAACGGGGUCUGCGCAAUGUGUGCGCAGACCCAUCCAACAGUGAGGUUGACGUUGCUCGGAGACGGUGCGGGAUUAGCUGGUUAGCUAAUUUGGCUAGCUGGCGUCAGAUAAACUGGGAUUAGGAGAUAACGACGCUGAUUUACCACGAAGCGGAGUAAGACAAGUACAGGGUCCAUGGAGGAGCCAGGGACUAUUGAGGUUACUGUUAAAACUCUGGACUCACAGAGCAGGAGCUACACUGUCCGAGGAGAGUGGACAGUGAAGGAGUUUAAAGAGCAUAUUGCCUCCUCAGUUGAGAUCCCUGUGGAUAAGCAGAGGCUGAUAUACCAGGGCAGGGUGCUGCAGGAUGAGAGAACACUGACAGAAUACAAUGUUGAUGGCAAAGUUAUUCAUCUUGUGGAGCGGGCUCCUCCUCAGACUACUCAGUCUGGCAGUGGUGGAAGUGCAGUUCCUGGUUCCUCGAAUGGAGCAGAGGGAGGAUCCAGCUCUUCUCACUCUUCUACUUCCACCUCUCAAGGGGCUCCACAUGACCGCAAUGGCAACAGCUAUGUCAUGCUGGGCACUUUUAACCUUCCUGUUAAUAUCAUGGACCCCCAACAGAUACAGAUGUCUGUGCAGCAGAUGAUGGCUGGUGUCGGGGAGGCUGGGAGGAACGCCAGAGUCAACACCAGCACUGGGAGCAAUGGAUCUGUGGACGUGCAUAUCAACUUGGAUCAGUCAGUGCAGAGUGAACCGAGGAUAAGGCUUCAGCUGGCUGAAAACCUGUUGCGAGAGACUCAGACUUUGAUUCACAGAUUGGAGGGCCAACCAAGUGAAGCAUCUACCCAGCAGGGUUCUACAACUUCCCAGUCAACUUCCACAGCCUCUUCUUCUUCAGCACAACCAAUGGACACUUCCCCACCUUCAGCCCCUGCCUCUUCUUCCUCUACUUCUGCCUCCACACAGACAGAGGGACCUCCUCACUCUGGACCCAAUCACCCAAGCCCAUUGGAACUGGUGGAGGUUCUCUCAGAGGUGCGGAGAGUGGAGGAAAGACUCCGACCCUUUAUGGAGAGAACUCACUCCAUCUUGGGAGCAGCUAGUUUAGCUGAUUACAACAACAAUACACAAGAGCGUGAGGAAGAUCAGCGCACCCUCAAUAUGGUUGGAGAAUCUCUUCGUCUCCUAGGCAACACCUUGGUUGCUUUGAGUGAUCUUCGAUGCAAUUUGGCUGCUCAGCCUCCUCGCCACCUACAUGUAGUUCGGCCCAUGUCCCACUAUGCCUCCCCUCUUCUGCUGCAAAGUGGACUCCCCCAUAUACCAAUACCGAUGAACAUCGGUACUACUGUUACCAUGACGUCUAAUGGCAGACAGGCAAGUGAGAGUCAGCCUCCAACAUCUCAACCACCUGGCCAGUCAGAAGAGCAGGGUCAGGCUCAGGCACCCCCCUCCCCACCAAAUGGGGUCAAUCAGCAGCCUGGUCAGGGGACUCCUCGAGUGAUCAGAAUCACUCAUCAGACCAUGGAGCCUGUGGUCAUGAUGCAGAUGAACCUGGAUGAUUCAGGCAGUGGAGCUCAGGCCCCAGGCCAACAGAAUCCCAACGCUGCUGGACAGACUGGUACCACUCCACCCAUCCAUAUUCCAGGCUUGCCUCCGGAGUUCAUGCAGGCCAUUGUGCAUCAGAUCUCUCAGCAGGCUGCUGCCAUGGCUACUGCAGCCUCAACUGGCCACCAUGGGCAACAGGCUGGUGCUCCUGGCGCAACUUCCCAUAAUGGAGAAGCUCCAGCUGCUCCUCCCCCUCCCCAAGCCAGAGUAGUCAUCACUCGGCCUUCCUUCUCUCCACGCAUUCCCCAGCCUGCAGGCACUAGAGGUACUACCAUCAACCUGCGAGCAACUGUGCCCCCCACAGCCAGCCAUCAGCCUGGACAGGGCAACCCUGUGGCACCCUCUCCUCUCACUCAGAUGGUGAGUGGUUUGGUCGGGCAGCUGUUAAUGCCGAUGCACACAGGUGACCAAAUGUCUACUACCUCUUCAUCCCACUCAUUCUCUUUCUCUACCUCUUCAUCCUCCUCUGCAUUUUCCUCCUCAAAUCCUCCUCCCACAUCAGCCAACACAUCUGGCCAGACAUCCACUCACACCACUAGUACAGCCUCCAUGGGCCAGUCUCAGGAAGGAGGCACAGAGGGGAACCUCAGCCAGCUCCUAGGUUCUCUCUUGGGCAGUGCAGCUGGAGUAGGUGGGAAUGUCUCUGGAGGCCCACCUUCCAUCACUGUGACUGUGCCUGGUGUCCCUGCCUUCAUUCAGGGCUUAACUGAUUUCAUCCAGACCAAUCAGCCUGUGUUCACUCCCUCAAACCAGCAGCCUCCGCCUCCUUCUGCUGCUCCUUCUGGCCCCUCACCAUCACCCCCAAAUCCUCCUCAGCCCCCCAGUGCAGGAGACGAAACACUGAGCCCAGAGCUGUUCACAGGAAUUGUGCAAGGUGUGCUGUCCACCAUGAUGGGCUCUCUGGGGGCUGGCCAGGGCAACAGCGAAAGCAUUGCACAGUUCAUCCAGAGGCUGUCCCAGACUAGCAACCUCUUCACACCUGGGACUGGCGAUGCAGUGGGCUUUUUUGGAGACCUGUUAUCUCUGGUCUGUCAGAGUUUCUCCAUGGUGGACAUGGUGCUGUUACUACAUGGCAAUCCUCAGCCUCUGAGUCGUAUCCAGCCUGAACUUACAGCCUUCUUCACUGAGCACUACCUACAGGGCAGAGAGCCCACUGAUGCCAACAUUGCCACUGCUGCUGAAGAUCUCAUCAAUGGACUGGAGGAGUAUAUCGCUGAGAGCUUCUCUACAGUUACAGUGCGAGAGGGGGUGGACAUCAUUCAGACUAACAUGUCCUUCCUCAGACAGCAGUUCACACAGAUGGCCACGCACAUACUCCGCUGUACAGAUCAGACUUUUGGUCCUCGCUUGCUGUUUCUGUGCACUCAGGGUCUGUUUGAAUGCCUGGCCCUCAAUCUGUACUGUUUAAGAGGAGAGCAGAGGGCUCUUACUGCAGUUAUCAACCACCGAAUUAGGAGGAUGUCUGCAGAGGUGAAUCCCAGUCUAGUGAACUGGUUGACCAGUAUGAUGUCUAUGAGACUCCAUGUGAUCUUGGACCAUAACCCAGUCACAGAAAACCAGAUCCAGCAUUAUGUUAUAUAUACACAGCCCAACUCUGUGAGAGUGGAGUCAGAUAGUCAAGCAGUCCAGCAGACUGAGAGCCAGAAUGUGGAGAUGGAAGAAGGUCUGUCUCCAGCUCCUGCCACCACUGCAGAGGAGGCCAUAGCAUCUUCAGGAGAAAGUGCCGAAAAUAGAGAACCACCUGUAGAUCUCACCCCCCCUCACAGGCCCUUAUCAGGGGAGACACGAGGACCAGCUGGAAUAGCAGCUGCUGGGAGGGAGGACUCUGGUGCGGACAUGGAGCCAUGGGCAGCGUCUGUGCCACCCGAGUGGGUGCCCAUCAUUAGGCAUGAUAUGCUGUCUCAGAGGAAAAUGAAGGCUCAACCUCCACUGUCUGAUGCUUACCUUCAAGGAAUGCCAGCCAAGAGGAGGAAGACUGCUCAAGGUGAGGGACCACACCUUUCCCUCUCUGAGGCUGUGAGUCGUGCUGCCAGAUCAGUAGGAGUGCGCCCUGUCACUAAUCCGGACAGCCUGCAAGGGGAGCUGGAGACACCAGAACUGCAGGAGGCCUAUACACAACAGGUUAAGAAUGACUUGAAAAAAAGAGUUAAUGAAGAUCCAGACUACAACUCUCAACGUUUCCCCAACACACACAAGGCUUUCUCUGAGAACUCCUAAUGUCCAAAGUACAUAAUUACCCGUUCAAAUCUUCGCGAUUUCUUAGUGACUCUACAUAUACUGAUCAAUCACCUUGUCGAUGUACAGUCAGAGAAAAUAGCUCAUCUGUUGCUGCACAGUUUGUGUUGGUCAUCCUCUAGUCCUUCAUCAGUGAUCAAAGGACGCUGCCCUCAGAAUGCUUGGGGCUGGAUGUUUUUGUUUGGUGGACUAUUCUCAGUCCAGCAGUGACACUGAGGUGUUGAAAAACUCCAGCAGCACUGCUGUGUCUGAUCCACUCAGACCAGCGCAACACACACUAACACACCAUCACCGUGUCGGAGUAUGAUGAGAAUGAUCCAUCACUCAAAUAAUACCUGCUCUGAGGUGGUCCUGACCAUAGAGGAACAGAGUAAAAGCUGUUCCUCUAGGCUAACAAAGUAUGCAGAGAAACAGAUGAACUAGUCUGUAAUUGUAGAAUUACAAAGUGCACCUAUAUAGUAAGCAGAGCUGAUAAAAUGGACUGAGUGUAGAAACAAGGUGGUCUUAAUGUUAUGGCUGAUCGGUGUAUAGUGAACCAGCAGAUCAGACAGGCAAUGGAGGAGCUGGAUCCUGCUGUGAAGGGGACUCCUCCUUGUACUCUUAUUUGUUGUGCAAUAGCCAUUGAUGCCCAUUUGUCAUGAACUGUAUCUACUCUUCUCUGUAGACCAUGUCUUUGGGACCAGAUGUCUCACAUCCAGUUUCAUUCUUUAAUGAACUUGUGUAUAUCUUUAAGGAUUACUUUCUGUCUGUUGUAUAUUAGGUUGUAUAUUGAUGUAAUGUUUUGUUUUUAAUGGUGGCAAUAUUAGCAGCUACAAUACAAGGGUACUAUCAUGCAUACUUGAAAUAAAAAUGUCCUUUGUUCAUUUCAGGCAGAACAGUAGUGACCUGAAGAGGUCCAAGUGCUUGUUUUUUUUUUUUCAGAUUAAUAGGUUGCACGAUCUGUAAAUCACAGCUGUAACUGAUUUAUCUGUAGUUGUCAUGUGUAACUAGCUUCAUCACCCUGUCAUCACCUUAUGCCCCAUGCAUAACUCUCCCUGACUCAGCAACUACAGCUUUCCUUCCGUUUGUAAUUUAAAAAUAUUAAACUAUCUGCUGCUUGUGAAUGCGACUGUUCUGCAAUAAAAAUAAUCCCAAAAAAUCAAAACA